AUGAGAACCAGAAGAUCGAAUCGUACAAAACAUUAUACUCUCGACAAGUACGAUUUCCUCAGCUCUGGGGAUGAAGACCAGCCUCAACGGCGCCGCAAAACCGCAGACGACAAUGAUGACAAUUUCGAGGCAGCCGCUGAGGAGCAAAGUGCUGGAGAGGAAGAGGAAGAAGAUGAGGAUGACGGCCAGAUGAAUGACAGCGGCAGCGACGUAAAUGGAGCCGAGAAGCCUUCCCGUCAGCGCUCCAAACAGAGCAAGCAGCCAAAGCAGACAAGGCCUGCGAAGUCAUCCGAUGAGGGCGACAUGGAGGUGACCGGGUAUCUGGACAUUGAACUGAUUCCACCCGAGGGUCAGCACAAGGGCUAUGUCGGACCUUAUGAGCGAGGCAUGCGCGGCAAGGCCCUUGUGAGAACUCUGUACGGACCCAGUCCUGAGCGCAUAUCAAUGGCUCACGAGCUGCUAGAGAGAUGGAGCGGGUGGACGAUAUUUCCUCCAAAGGUGCCGCAAGACGAGGACGAGCCGACGGACAAGGGCUUUUGGUCUCCCGGUGGUUUCGACAAAGAAGCUCGGCUUGCCAAACAGUGGCACGCGCAACUGGUCAGGGCACUACCUUCCGACGAUGCUUGGUCAGAAAUAUCUUUUUCAGAGACCGAGAUGUAUCGAUUUCCGCAGCUGAGCAUGCCGGUUUUGACGGGCCCGCACGAGACGCAGCUAGAGAUACCAAUGGAGCCUGGACACUGCCAUUCCAUGUCACAGAGCAACAUACCGUUUGACCAAGACAAAGAUGAUGACAAGGUGGAGAGUGGAUGGAUGCUGGAUGUGGGUGGCCUCGUUUUGAGCAUGGACUGGGCGCCUCGGCGAGACAAGAACCCUAAACAGCUGCUUGCUUUGGCAAUCAUACCCCAAUCCGACCAGGACAUAUAUAAUUAUGAGGAGGAAUCCGUGAAGCCAGAUUUCCAGAAGCAAGGAAUCAUUCAGAUUUGGGAAUUUCGGAGCACCAAGACAGACGACCAGUUUAUUCGACCGUCGAGUGAGCCUGCGAAGCUGCGCAAGACACUGUGUGUGGACUACGGAAGGAUCAGAAGAGUCAGAUGGAGCCCAUCGUGCAACCAUAUCGCAUUUCUUUGCAGUGAUGGUAGCGUGUACAUUGCUGAUGCUGGGAAUCUCGACGGUGAAGAAGAGGGCCUCUACUACAAACUACAGAAACCACUUGCAGUACUCACCUUACUCGACGAGUACGGCAUCAAAGCGACUGCAAUAACGUGGGUCAACUGUAAUCGAAUAGCUGUCGGCUAUUCUGAUGGGUCCAUUGCGCUUUGGUCCAUCCAUCCACGACGCCUCUUGUCUCGACACCCAGUUCAUCACAACGACAUCAUAGAUAUGGUAUCGGGGUACCCGACUAUGCCAACCAUUAUUGCUUCAAUUCCCGUAGGUGGCACAGCUCGAGUCAUUGAUCUUCAGGCUCCGAGCUACGAAACUACCGAAGCUCAGAGACCUUUGGUGCAUACACAACCAGGACUCCUAACUUACAGCGACCAUCUUCUUGGUUUCUUAUCCAUCUAUCCAUCUGCUAGUGCGCUCAACACGAUUAUUGGAUUCUUACACCACGCACAUUUUCCUGUUUGCCGGAGGGUAUUCACAGGGGAUAGUUUUCUCACUUCCUUGGCUGUCGGAAAGCUGCACCCCUUUCUGCUCAUUGGAGCAACGGACGGCUCUCUGUGGUGUCUCAACUCGCAAACUGAGGUGUUCAGCAACAGGCAUGAAUCGACAGACAAGAUACGGGUGUUGCAGCACGAGCACCGGCCGGGACGUCUAUUCCAUCCCGACUCUCCAGCGGCUGCUCGAGGCGUCUGUCGCAUCUUGCACGGCUUUACAGUGGACAGGAACAGAAACUCGAAGCCCGAGGCUAAGCCCACUGCAAAGAAGGGCAAGAAGUUACGAGCCAAGGAGCCGGCCGAAGGCGCAGAGGGAGGGCGAGAGGGGGAAGGGGAGGAGGACGAUGACGAAGCUGGCGAUUUGACGGACCCAUCUCGAGCUACUCUGCACGAGCCGCUGACGAGAAUCACCACCAUUGAAUGGAAUCCAAACCAGGAUUAUGGAUGUUGGGCAGCGGUAGCCAUGGGAUCGGGACUUGUAAGAGUAAUUGAUUUGGGACUGGAGAAAUACCCCGAGGGCACGGCGUGA